AUGAAUAACAACUCAACAUGUAUUCAACCAUCCAGGAUCUCUUCCAUGGCUCUACCAAUCAUUUAUACCUUCCUCUGCAUCAUUGGUCUCUUUGGAAAUUCUCUCUCUCAAUGGGUAUUCUUAACAAAAAUAGGCAAGAAGACAUCGACGCACAUCUACCUAGCACAUCUUGUGACUGCGAACUUGCUUGUGUGUAGUGCCAUGCCUUUCAUGGGUAUCUAUUUCCUGAAAGGUUUUCAAUGGGAAUAUCGAUCUGCACGAUGCACGGUGGUCAAUUUUUUGGGUACUCUAUCCAUGCACGUGAGUAUGUUUGUCAGUGUCUUAAUUUUAAGUUGGAUUGCCAUAAGCCGCUAUGCCACCUUAAUGAAAAAGGAUUCAGUCCAAGAGACCACUUCGUGCUAUGAGAGAGUAUUUUAUGGCCACUUACUGAAAAAAUUUCGCCAGCCCAACUUUGCUAGAAAACUGUGUGUUUACAUAUGGGGAGUUGUACUCGGCAUAAUUAUUCCAGUUAUCAUAUACUACUCAGUUGUAGAGGCUACAAAAGGAGAAGAGAACGUAUGCUAUAAUCGGCAGACAGAACUAGGCGCCGUGAUCUCUCAGACCGCAGGUCUCAUUGGAACCACAUUUAUUGGAUUUUCAUUUUUAGUCGUACUAACAUCAUACUACUCUUUUGUCAGCCAUCUGAGAAAAAUAAGGACCUGCACUUCCAUUACGGAGAAAGAUUUGACUUACAAUUCUGUGAAAAGGCAUCUUUUGGUCAUCCAGGUUCUGCUAAUAGUUUGCUUCCUUCCAUAUAGCAUUUUUAAGCCCAUUUUUUAUGUUCUGCACCAGAGAGGGAACUGUCAGCAACUGAAUUAUUUAAUCGAAAUAAAAAACAUCCUCACCUGUCUUGCAUCAGCCAGAAGCAGCACAGACCCCAUUAUAUUUCUUUUUUUAGAUAAAACGUUCAAAAAGACACUAUAUAAUCUCUUUACAAAAUCUGAUUCACCACAUAUACAACCCUAUAGUUGA